AUGACCUCGCCGUAUCGCCAACCUAAACAAUUCGUUCUGUGUUUCGAUGGAACUGGUAACAAGUUCGCUGGCGAUGAAUCGGACACAAAUCUACUGAAGAUCUAUCGUAUGCUAGAUCGGAGCCAGAGCCACCAAUUCCACUACUACCAGCCUGGGAUAGGAACCUAUGUCUCAUCGCAUUCACUUGGCAGCAAAGGCAGAUUGGUGCGGAUCCAGUCUGCUUACAAAAAGGCCAAGGAUGCUGCCUUGGGGUCUUCAUUUGACGAACAUGUGUUGGGUGGAUACAAGUUCCUGAUGCGGUACUACUCUCCUGGUGACAACCUUUAUUUCUUUGGAUUCAGUCGCGGAUCUUAUACCGCUCGCUUUCUGGCUGAGAUGCUUGAUUACAUUGGCCUUCUUCAGCCAGGCAACGAGGAGCUUAUCCGGUUCGCCUGGAAAACAUUCGCUAAAUGGCAACAACGACGGGACAACACCGAUGCAGACAAGGAAAAGAGACACAAGCUCUUUUCAUUCAUGAGAGCUUUCCGUGAGACUUUUAGUCGGCCAGUCAGUCGGAUCAAAUUCCUGGGACUUUUUGACACUGUCAAUAGCGUACCGGUCUUUGAGAAUGCUUGGAUGGAAAGAAGUAAAUUCCCUUACACGGCCCACAGCUCAGCUUGUAUCAUUCGACAUGCGGUUUCGAUUGAUGAACGUCGAGCGAAGUUUCGCCAGGACUUGAUCUCUGAAGUUAUGCCCCCGCGACAUGUGCAUGGGCAUCGAUUGAGACAUUUUCUUUCCCGAGAAAGCCACGAGAUGGUCGAUGUUCCCAAUAUCGUUCGGGAGACACCCGAAAACGAGUACCAAAACAAGAGCCAAGAACAUCAGCACCCUCAACCUGACGAGAUACAAAGAUAUCGACCGCGUACGCCCAGACAAAACCCUGCUCUCGAGCCGUCCAGCAGCAAUCAGCUCCUAAGCGACAGAGCUUCGCUAAAAAGCGGCGUCUCUGGGGCCUCACUCCAGGUACCUGGACUCGCACAUGAAACAGAGAAGAAUGAUAAUGAUCAAGAUAUAGCAGAGGUAUGGUUCCCUGGUCAGCAUGGUGAUGUGGGCGGUGGCUGGAAAGCCAACCCGGAAGAUCCGUGGCCAUUGAGUCAAAUUCCUCUUGUCUGGAUGGUAAAGGAGGCGCAGCUUGCUGGGCUUGAAUUUGAUCGUUUGAAGCUCCAACGCUUCAACUGCGAUGAAACCGUUAGAGACAUGAAAAAUCCCCAAUUCUGCAAGGAGCAUCCGACAGAUGACUAUCUUGUGGCCUUCAACAACUCAGUCACUCAGGGUGUUGUUCAUGAUACACUCACAUAUGGCGGGGGCGUUUCAAUGCUUUCUACAUUUGCGUGGCGUAUAAUGGAGUAUAUGCCCUUUCGAAGGAUGGACUUACAGCCAGAUGGGUCGUGGAGGCCAAUUCGGUGGCCUCUUCCCUGUGGCGAAGUACGAGACAUUCCUGAUAGCGCUGAGAUCCAUGCUUCUGUCAUUCGCCGCAUGAAGAUUGAUAAGAAGUAUCGACCUGGAAAUGUCAUCAUUGGCGGCGGUGGCAGAGGUGUCAAGGAAGCCUCGGAGAAAGAUGGCAUUGGGGAGUGGGUGGUGUGCAAACAUGACGGAGACCCCGUGAGAGAAACAUUCGUUCGAAAGAACCCUCCUACCAUUUGUCGAGAUAUUCACAACUAG